AUCCAAAAUGCAGCUCGAAGGAGUUAUCCUAGUUGGAGAAAAAAGAGCAUGUUCCUCAAGUUACCUUAACCACACGAGAACAAAGGAAUGUCCACAUUUUGCAUGUAAACAGGUAUCUUUGUCUUUCUUUCUGCGUUGGUUGGUGCUUAAACUAGUCUCCUCCAGCUAGCUCCUCGCUUUUGAGAGACUAUCCAUUUCGCCGCGGACGCCUUGCUCUAAGGCUAGGAGACCCAGAGUUCUAGGUAUAAAUAAAUUGCAUGAGAGAACACACGACGAAGUUGCACAUGCUUACAAUAACAGACACAGGUGAGGAAAAGGCUUCCCCCAAGAGACCCACUCUGCACGCGAAACCUUUCACCUAAUUCGGAAUUGAACUCAUGUCAUAACAAAUAUGUGCGUACACGGUCUGUUGUUUGUUGAACUUUGUGAUGUAAAGAGAAGCUUCAGGCUCAAUAUCAUCUGACGUGUGUGGAUGAUAUAAAUAAGCGGUGUGGUUGUGCGCUAUCAUAAUACAGACUUGCACUGCUGAAGUCAAACAUGGCUGGUCAAAAUUCUGCCCCGAGUUUCCUCUCCUUCGCUCAGAACGCACUCAAUCUCCAAUCUGCAGCCAUCUUCCUGUUGAUCUUCCUCGUGGUCUUGAAGCUAUUCCGACGUCCGAAGAACCUUCCCCCGGGACCCCGGCAAUGGCCUGUCCUCGGCAACUUCCCGGCAGUGGUUAGGUCAGGGAAACAUCUCCACGAGGUGCUGGCGGAGUGGGCCAAGCGGUACGGCAGUGUCAUGUCGGUUCACCUGAACCCAGCACAUGGUUCAUCCGUCGUUGUCAGCGACAUUGGCAUCGCCAAGGAGUUGCUGUCGAGACAAAGGGUGCAACACAUUGACAGGGCCGCGAUUCCACUGAUGAAAGAAGUCAUAGACAUACGAGGGAGCUUUCUUUGGGGAGCAGGCGAGCCUGCCAAGGAGCUUAGGCGUUUCGGCCUCAGCGCCUUUCGAAAGUUGGGGGUCGGCAAGAAAACUCUGGAGCACAGAAUCAACGAAGAGGCUCGAUACCUAGUCGAACGUAUCGAGGCUGAAAAGAAUCGACCCUUUGAUCUGAACCUCCCCAUCCACAACGCCGUGUCAAACACUGUCUGCUCCAUAAGUUUUGGGUUCCGCUUUGACUACGACGACCCGAAACUGAAGAAGUUACUGGAAAGUCUGGAGAUUAUUUCCAAGAUGGGAAUUGAGAUAUUGGGAAACACUUUUCCCUUUCUCUACCACACUCCUUUUUUUGCAAAAAAGAGAGAAUGGGUCAACUUUCUCAGAGAUACUAUUACCCAAAUAGUUCGGGAUCACCAAAGCUCCUUUGACGAGAACGACCUCCGGGACAUCAUUGACAUGCGCAUCGCCGACAUCAAAGAAAAAGAGCAGCAAGGAUCUGGGGUGGGCACGGGUCCCGCCCUGACCGAAGAGAUCUGGCUUGGUAUCCUGGACUUGUUUGGCGCUGGCACAGAAACGACUGCAAGUACCGUACUCUGGCUGAUAUCCUUCGUGCUCAAGUACCCUGAAGUGCAAGAAAAGAUCCAGCAAGAGAUAUAUGAAGUGGUGGGAAGUGACCGUCAGCCAUCUUGCGAAGACCGUCCCAGCAUGCCCUACACCAACGCGGUCAUCAAUGAAGUACUACGCAUGCGUCCCCCAGGGGUCUUUACUUUACCUUAUGUGACGACAGAAGAGUUUCAAUUGAGCGGAUACACUAUUCCCAAGGGAAUAGGUGUGAUCAUAAAUCUGUGGGCGAUGAUGAACGACCCCAAGGUUUGGGAUCGACCAGAAGACUUCAAUCCUGGACGUUUCCUGAGCAAAGACGGCAAGACAAUGAUCCAGCACGAAACCUUCAUACCAUUCUCAACGGGUCGUCGGAGUUGUCUGGGUGAAGGGCUGGCCAAGACUGAAGUGUUCCUCUUCGCUACUAACCUCUUCCAGCGGUUCACAUUUAAGCUAACGCCAGGGGCGCCUACACCACCAUUGAAAGGGAUCAGUCGUUUCACCUUUAUUCCGGAGCCGUUUAGAGUAUGUGCAGUUAAACGCUAGAUCCGAUAAAGGGCAUUAAAAGGACCUUAGAGGUUGAAAUUCUCUAAAAUGACAGAAGUGGACCGUAAGAUCAGUCUGGAAUAUUGCCAUACUUGGACGGCCUAUUACGUCACAAUUCUGGUGCAAUUUGACCAAUCACAAGGAAGUCGUUCUAGCAGCGUGCAACGAAUCGUAUGGGUGUUUCCAUGUUGCGGGAUGCUUUUCUUAAAACGUUGCCACAUAUGGAAAAACAAAUUUCAAUUGGAAAAUCUUGAUUAGCUGUUCAAAAACCUGACUACAUGAAGUGCUAAAACACGUUUGUACCGGUGGGAUUUAAAACGUGUCGUUGCCAACUUGAGAUAUUUAAAAUUGAAUUUCGACAAAUAUUGCUGCAUCAGGGGGGAAAUGUCACUGUGGCCAUAUGUAGUAAUACUCUACACGGAAGAUCCUACGAUCUUGUAAAAAUGCUUGAAAUUAAAUGCAAGUCCUUUUUACUGCAUUGUGUACUCCUUAUUUUCAUUUGUAUACUUAAGGGUGACGAAUGAUGGUUACUCAUAUGACUCUAAGAGUAACGUUUUUCUGUGAAUGUUUUCGGUGUGUAAAUGUACUAAUCAGAGAUGUAUUCAGAAUUUCCCUCUAUACAAGAAGAGUUUCCUGAUGAGUGAUAUGCGUAUAAAUUUCUUCGCUUGAAUUUAACACUAAGGGCGUCGUUUAGCCAAACGUCCAGUCAUAUAAUGCGCAACCUUAAUUUAUUUACUGUAUGGCAUUGUUACUGAAGACUUAAAGGUAAAGGUUUCUUAACAUUAAAAAUAAAAUGAAGCGACUUUUGCUUUAUCCAUGAUUACCAAAAGACUCGUUUUCUUCCAGCUCUUUAGCCAAGUCUGUUAAUAAACUAUCAAGUAUAUAAAUCAA